AUAAUCUGUAAUUCUGUAAGCAACUGUCAUUGUGUUCGAGUCUCGAGAACUUAAUGUAGAAGCGGGACUGCGGGACCGGCCGAGCGGCGAGCCGCGAGCGUAACCUUUAAUUCUAUAGCCGGCGAGUGUUGUCUCGGCUCGUUUAGGGAUUUUUCCUUCUUAUUUUAUAGUUUUAAUUUUAAACAAUGCUGUGAUAUUAACAAACUGUGAUAGUGUUCAAUUAAUAAGUUAUAAAAUGUACUUACGAGGUCAAAAUGUAAGAUUUUUGAAAUAGGUAUAUUAAGGGAGAGAAUUUGAAUAAGGAUGGGUCUCUUCGGCGAAAAUGGGGUGCGAAACGAGCAAGGGAGGGAUGUGACUUCAGAGAACCUCUUGACAAGGGAAGAAAGAAGAAAAGAGAGAUUCUUCAAGAAGAAAUACUGCAGUUUGACUUUACAGGUGUUCUGCGUAAUAUUUAUGGCAUUUCUGGCAUAUGUAUGCUUCUAUUAUCGACCAAUCGUUUUGUGCAUUGACAGCGAUGGGAAACAGGGUAUCUGCAUAGACAUAUUCAAAUGUCCAUUUAUCAAAAACGAUUUUAAAGAAGAGAAAAAGCCAGUGUUUUGUGAACUUAAUAAGGAUAAGGUAACUGUGUGCUGCGUGGAGAACGAUAUGCCGAUGAUGGAGGCGAGGCAUUUGAGACCGACUUCUGAGGAAACGACGACGAACAUAAACGAACGGACUGAUGACUACACAAUUGUUUUCGUAGACCCUUCCAUCCUUAAGGUACCAGACAUUAAUAAUGGUCAGUGCAAACCAAUGACAAACUACACGAAUACUGGACGGAUAUCCUUUCAGAAAUGUUUGGAGUACCAAGACAAGUUGGUGUUCCCGUGCCUGGAAAGUCUGACGCCGAAUACGAAGGUGAAACGGAUGCAAUAUUGCAACUGGAAGCCGGACGCGAUGAUCAGUGAAGGGACGGCAACUUCUGACGGGGAAUUCCCUCAUAUGGCGUUGCUUGGUUACGAUUUGCCAGACCACGACACUUGGCUGUGCGAUGGCGUCAUCGUCAGCGAUAGAUUCAUCUUGACAGCCGCACACUGUACUUACAGCAAAGACGCUGGUGUAGUAACGAAGGUACGUAUCGGCUUCUGGAAGAAAUCGCAGAAGAUUCAGCCGGACGAGUUGUACAGCGUAUCGGAGAUAUACAAACACCCGCAAUACAAGCCGCGGUAUGCAUACAACGACAUUGCACUCUUGAAGACGGACAGGAUAAUGAUGCUCAACCGAUACAGGGUACCGGCUUGUCUACACGACGGCAGCCCAAUUAAUGAUACUACGGUGACCGUCACUGGCUGGGGGACUCUUGACCCACACCAUAAACGGAAUUCCGAUAUCUUGCGAAAGGUAAAGCUCGAGAAAUUCUCUGACGAAGAAUGCGCUCAGUUUUAUAAACCGAGUUUGGUGCGGCACAUGCCACGGGGAUACGACAGCAACAAGCAGAUAUGUUACGGCGACAGGUGGACCAGCAAAGAUUCAAGUAAAGGCGACAGCGGCGGUCCAGCUCAGAUAAGUCAUCAUUUGGAGUGCAUGUAUUUGGUGACCGCUAUAGUGAGCAACGGCAAGAAGUUCGGCCAUGCCGGUUUACCUGGUAUCUACACGCGAGUCGCUCCAUAUAUCGAUUGGAUCGAAUCGAUAGUCUGGCUGCGUAAUUGAGUAUUCAAAAAAAAAUCCAACCGCUUGUACGAUUCGACAUAUCCGCGAUACCACCUCGAGCUUCGUUAUGGAUAAUGGAUUUCAGACUUUCCGAUCGCUUCAAUCGUGUACAUUGGAUCGUUUAGAAUUAGGUAUGCGAGUGUACGGUGCUUCCCAUUUCGUGAUUGGACCGGUGCGAUAGAGAUGACGAGAUUGCUCGUCUCUCUCGGUUGCUCUCUUUAUGACUUGCCAUAUUCCAAUCAUAAAGUAAAGACAAACAAACAACCUUGACCGUGAAUUGACGCGAUGUCAUUGGUCCAGGUGAUCGAUGGUAUUAUGGAGUUGUUAGAAACUAGUAAGUGUUGUGUUACAAAUAGAGAUAUAUAUCGAUAUGUUAACCUAAGGUUUGUUUACCUUCACUCCUUUGAUUGGAAAAGGGGGGGGGGGGGCAGUAAGAAACGUUAAACUUCUGUUCCUAGCUCAAAUAUUAUUAUUGGCUGUUGAGUAUUUGAACUAAUCAUAGUGGGAAGAUUUUUAUGUGUGAUAAUUUUUAUUAUUUUUUUUUUUAUUUUUUAUGUUAUAGAAUUUUUACAAGUUGCCAGUAUGAGAUUUGCUCUUUAUUUUUAAUUUCGUCUUUAAUGCAUUGAUUACAAAUAGGAAAGACAGUGACAGCGAGAAUCCUGUAACUAUAGAGUCCAAUUUGUACCUGUGUUUUGAUCUCCCAACGAAAUGAGAGGCAUUUAUGCAUCCCUCCAACUUUAGAGGGUAUGUGGAUCUCCCGAGUGCUCAACUACUUACUAAAAGUACUUAUGAAUUAUACAAUAUUCCGUCUCAGUUACAGUAUUUUCGUUACAUAUACACACAUACAAUAAUUAAAUAAAUACGUAAUAUUAUAUUUUUAUACGCGGUUAAGUUUAAGGAUUUGUUGAAAUGUUUAUUGUGAAAUUAUCUGGGGGGGGGGGGCGUGGCAUUUUUUGACGUUUUUGACUAAACCGGACAGAAAAAAUCUAGUCAAUGUCCAAAGGAUUGUUGAAAGCUCGCCGUGUUAUUUUACAUUCCACGAUGUUUUUAUAAAUAGGACUUAUUUUAUUGUUUUUGUAAAACGAAUGACUGUGAUAGAAAUGAGUUGAUUUUU